AUGAUGAUUGACAAUCUUACUGAAACCCAAGUCACAGAAUUUAUUCUUCUUGGAUUGCCAUACCUGCAGGAGCAUCAUCUUGAACCAUUUGUUAUUUUUUUGGCUCUUUACUUGGUAAUACUUCUUGGAAACUCUUCAUUGCUUGUUGCAUUAGUGACAGAUAAGAAACUGCACAAACCCAUGUACUUCUAUAUUGGUAUACUAGCUACUCUAGAUAUGUUGUUAACAACUGCGUCAAUUCCAAAAAUGUUGUCAAUAUUUCUAAUUAAAGCCAACACUAUCUCUUUUAAUGGAUGCUUUUUACAGAUGUUUAUCUACUAUAGCACAGGAGUCUUUGAAUCUUUUCUUCUUGUAGUAAUGGCAUAUGAUCGAUACGUAGCAAUCUGUGAUCCAUUACACUAUACCUCUGUUAUGAACAGGAGAUUCUGUAUUCAAAUAACAGUAGGGAGUUGUAUUUUAUCUUGCAUGCUUAUAGGGUCAAUUGUUACUUUUACAGCUUCAUGUUCAUUCUGUGGACCAAAUAAAGUCAAUAAUUUAUUUUGUGACCAUUAUUUUGUAGUAAAAUUAAUCUGUGACGACACAGUCAUAAUUACAUUGUGGGUAACGUGCAAUACGUUCAUAACAAUAGGCAUACCUUUUCUUCUAGUUUUGGUAUCAUAUGUGAAAAUCCUUGAAUCUGUGAUAAAGGUUAGUUUUCGAGAGGGAAAGAAGAAAGCCUUAUCUACAUGUACUUCUCAUCUACUGGUGGUGAUCAUGUUUUAUUUAUCAAUUAUUAUUGGAUAUGCAACAUAUGAUUCCAAAAGCAAUUUUGAUGAAUUUCAUGGAACAUCAUUUAUCUUCCAUGCUAUUUUAGCCCCAGCACUAAAUCCCAUUGUUUAUUCUCUAAGGAACAAAGAAGUCAAAUUAGCGAUUAAGAAGUUUAUAAUAAAUAAAAACUGUGAUGGCUAG